AACAGACAGCCGCACCUAUAGGAGUCUUCGCUCGAGGUCCCUGAAGAUGGUUUAAUCACUAACGCCUUCACCCCUGAAGAGCUCCCGCGGAGAGCCGUUAUGUUGACGAGGCUAUUCAGCGACCCCUCUCUCUUGCCUGACGUACAGAAAUACGCAGGUUGGGCGGAUGACAGUGAAAGUGAAGACUCCAAGACCAAGGACGAUGAGCAGGACCACUGCCGCCUGGGCGAGGACGACUUGGAAGACGGGGAGCUAGGGGGGGUUAGCAGUCGCGCCCACUCAGAAACUGCUGCUGAGGACGACGAAGACGAUGACGGCGAGGAAGAGGAUGGGGAGGACGAUAUGGAAGGAGACAGACCCAAAAAGCGUGGUCCGAAGAAGCGUAAAAUGACACCGGCGCGUUUGGAACGUUCCAAGGUGCGACGUCAGAAGGCCAACGCGCGAGAGAGAACGCGCAUGCACGACUUAAACUCAGCGCUCGAUAACCUGCGCAAAGUCGUUCCCUGCUAUUCUAAAACCCAAAAGCUCUCCAAGAUAGAGACUCUGCGAUUGGCUAAGAACUACAUAUGGGCUCUCUCUGAGAUCCUUCGCUCCGGGAAAAGACCAGACUUGGUAGCCUACGUGCAGACCCUAUGUAAAGGCCUCUCCCAACCUACUACCAAUCUCGUGGCUGGUUGUCUGCAGCUAAACUCCCGGAACUUCUUAACUGAACAGUGUCAAGAUGGGGGCCGUUUCCACGGACCCAACUCCUUCUCCAUGCACCCCUAUCCGUAUCAGUGCCCGCGCCUGUCCAGCCCGCAGUGUCAGUCCGGCUCUAACUCGCAUUCCUUAAGGACCCACGGGUACUGUUCCGCGUAUGACUCGCUAUACACAGGGAGUGCCUCACCCGAAUACAACAGCCCAGAGUACGAGGGACCCCUAAGCCCGCCCGUGUGUAUCAACGGAAACUUUUCUCUAAAACAGGACUCCGCCUCGCCGGACGCCGAGAAAAGCUAUCAUUACUCUAUGCACUACUCGGCUCUGCCCAGUUCUCGACCGGCCGCUGCCCACAAUCUCGUGUUCGGGUCGUCAGGAGUGCGAGGCGGCGUCCACUCCGAAAACGUCCUGCCUUACCACGACAUGCACUUACACCACGACAGGCCACCUGUGUACGAAGAACUGAAUGCCUUUUUUCACAACUGAGAAACCAGCAGACCCCCAUGCUAUACCCCUAUUUGUCUCAUUUCCAAUAACGACCGGCCAGCGUGUGUUCUUAUUAUAGACCUGGUGCACUGUACUGUCAUUCCAAACCCGUUAGGCUACUUGCACCACUGGACAUUUAAAGCUGAUAUAACAUAUAACGAUUGAGGGAGAAAUCCCCCGCGAUAAGAUUCCGUUUUCUUUUCUUUUUUGGUUAUACAGUAUUUUGUCAAUCCCAAAUAAUAACAGUGUGAAAAAGUUGCAUUGUGUCAACGACGAUGUAGCGCCCUAUAUUCAAAUGAGCGAAGCAGAUAUUUAAAACAGAUUCAAAUAUUACGUUAAAAUAACAGAAAACACGUAUGAAUUAUUUUCUUCGUUUCUAAUAAUCACUCAUUUUAAAAUCUCGUGAUGUUUAUGAAUGGCACGUGCCAUUUCAACAGUGAUUGGAGAACCAGUAGCAAGUUCAUGACAAAAGGCGCAUUCACCAAGACAACAAAUAAAGCAAUAAUAUAAAUUACUGUUACAUCUAUGCAAGAUAUGUAAAAGGGUUUAAGUUGCUAAGAAUCUACUGACGGACCAAGCACAUGCUAUUUUGCAAUGUCAAAUUUUCCCAAACCCUUUAUCCAACAAGGAAAAUCGCACACAACAAGGUAUAUCAAUGUUUUGAAGAGGGAAAAUACCCAUUGAGUUCAUGUUUGUCAAUCCUAAGCAUUCCAUGGAAAUUAAUGAAUUGUACUGCACAGUGUGAGUACUUUUCCGCUUUUGAUUCGAAGUCGUUGAAGUAUUUCUUAUAAUUGCACACAUCACGCAGUGAUAUUUGUUCGGUGGGGGGCCAUAAUUUACGGCCAUAACAUAUCUUGCAAUUUAGUUUUUUUUAAUCACGCAAAAACGUGACUGGGUGUGUUUGUUUUAUGUAGGCUACUUCACCAAUCGCAUUGUACAUAUUUCAAUGUAAUUCAGAUUUACAUCUAAAUAUUUUAUAAAUGCCAACUUAUGACACGGCGUUCUCUAACAUAUUGACUCUCAGCUGUAGCGUGGAUAGGUUCGUGUCCUAUUCACGUGUGUACACAUGCCAAUACACUUAUGUUCACUUGGCGUUCAAAUCUGGGAUGAUAGUUUACCGUCACAGACCGUCUGUCAUUUACAACAGUGUUGGGUUCAUGCGCUAUUUUCUGUCGUCGGAAUUUGACAUCGAGUGUUAACAUUUAUAUGAUUGUGACACGAGACAUGAGAAUUACAUCCCAAACUAGAUGUAUUGGCAAAGUGACCAAAAGAAAACAGCAAAUCCUUAAAGCAUGCUCUACAGAAAAUUCAACCGUCGAUAAAAUGCAUUUUGUCAGAGCAAAUAAAUUUUGAGAUAAGUUCAUUCUGUUUUAUUACACGGGAAUGUACAGAUUGGCACACUAGCUGCGCGGUCCUAUUUGAAUAAAGACGGAUUCUGAUUAUUGUAACGUCUUACCACGUUAAUUCUUGCACAAAUGAAACCCGGUGGAGGAACCGACACCGCGAGGCAGGAUGACAACCAGCCAAAACUGUUAUAAGACGCCCAAACGAAAGUUUUCCAAGUCCCCAAAAUAGGAUUAUUAUUAUUAUUAUUAUUAUUCUUAUUAUUAUUAUCACAAAAUGUUUGUGUAAAACUUGCACGUUAGACAUUAAAUUAUCAAUAGUUAUAUAAUUUAUAAGUUGACACACACAGCUUUGUCUUAGUCGUUGGUACGAACUAAGAAGUCGAUUUUACUUUUGUCAGUGAAGCAAUCACGAAAACAUUUCGAAACAUAUAGUCAAUUCCAUUUAAUAACAACUGCACCUAGUCCAUAUUAAGUGUACUUCAUACAUUUCUGAAAUAACAGGCUAAAAAUAAAAGUAUCUUUCAAAGCAAAGAUUCCACAUUCGACUGAAUUGUAAAUACCGUUUGAUAUUUCCCAAAAACAUAAAAUUGCUUUCAGCGUACUCUCUUUUAAUCCCCUGUGUUUUCUCAGUGCCUGAAAAAAACGCGCCCGUGUCAGACCAGAAACGUUUCAUGUCUUCAUUUUUCGCCUUUUCAACUUUCAUACGUCAGUUUGAAGGCCAUUAUUAUUAUUAUUAUUAUUAUUAUUAUUAUUAUUGACAAUCAGACCUUGCAUGCUAAAUAAUGUUGAGGAAGCCGUAUAUUAUGAUACAGUUGUCCAAGUGGGUCUCACUCAGUUAACAGGCCUACGCCAGGUGAGGAAGAAGAAACGCCGGAAGACUUUGCGUUGGAUUCAGAGCAUUGAGUGAUGCCAAAGUAGGCUAAUUGCUCGUGUGACUGGAUUACUGGAGCUGCAGUAAGGAAACAUUAUGGGAAAAAAAUAGGACAAAAUACGUUUAGAUUCAUUGGACGGUGUGGUGAAUCAAUGUGUGAGCACCGUGGCUAGUGUUUACGAUUUUUAUUGUGCAGAGGAACGUGGUACUUCCAAAAGGAAACCAAACAAGCCUGAACUGACCCUGAAAUGAAAUGGACCACUCGGGGCUUCCGAACCGGGUAGAGCGCCGAAAGGUUUCUGCACCUGAAUACGUUUGCCAGAAUUGCUGGGAAUUACCAAAGGGUCUUUGUGAAAUUCGAAAAAAGAGAGAAACGAUUUCGGCUCAGCUGUGUGGUUCUUAUGAACAGACAUUAUGAAGAUGAAGAACAAGAACAAGUGUUUUGGAAUAUAUGUGUUUUUGUAAGGCUGAAGUUCAACCAUCCAACAUACCUGCACGUGCAGGUUCUGUUCCCAUUCUGUGUGUUCAGCGCGCAGCAAGUUCACUGUACCUUUGAGCGCGUGCCAGAACAUUCUUGGCUUCAAAGGUGGAUUGGAAUCAAACUAACACUCGGGUCGCUAUACACGGGAGAGAAAUUAAUGGGCUUUGUAAAUAUAUGCUGUUUUUUGGGGGGAAAAGAAUGAAAUAUCCGCCAGUCUCUUUUUGAUUGGGUAUUUUUAGAAAAGUUCAGAAUCACUGGGGCUUGAGUGCGGCAGUAAGACUGAAUCAUUAUAGACAUUGCACACGACAUACAUAUGGAUCCACAACGGAAUGUCUCCAGCAUUUAUAUAAAGGAAACAAAGAGCACCGCAAAUAUUUACAUCAGACAUUUAUUCCUCGGAAUAUUCCGCCAUGUUGACAUAGGUGGACAAUAUAUUGUGUGGACACAGAUAAGAAUUCAGUUGCCAUUAAGAGUUUAAAUAUUUCUUGAAAUUACUGCAAAUAACCAUUUAUUAAUCUGAAUGUACUACAAGAUUUUUGUGGUGCUGGGGUAUUUCAUAUUUCAAACAACAUUUUUAUGUAUUUGAUUUGGUUAAAUAGCACUUUAAAACCCCCAAUAUAUUUCACUGCCGUUAACGACAGAGGGUGUUGGCAAAGACGAAGCCAUCUCUUUCAGGAUUGAAUAAUUUCUUUUUUUCAUGCACAGUAUUCUUUAUAUUUUAAAUAUUUGUCUCUGUCUCCGUAAAUUUUGUUCGCAUUUGUUUAUUAUUUUAAUUUCCAUAUUCUCGCACAACGUAGGUUAUGUGUAAAUGUAUUUCUUGCUAAUUUAAAAAAUGCACAUGCACCAAUCCAGCAAACAAGUAUUUAUUCCUCAACGACUUUUUCUGACAGCUUAAACUGUGAAAGAUGUUUUUUGGGGGCUACAACUCUUUGUAUGAAGGGAACAUUUCUUUAGCAUAAAUGGUGUUUCAAAAAAAAAAUUGAUUUAAUGUUUGAGUAUUUUGUGCUCCGUGUAAAUGAAUGCAUUUCUUCAAUAAAUAUCCAUAAUUUAUA